CGCUUCUUCCGAGACUUUAAUUUCAUUAUUAAAUAAUUCUUUAAAUACAAUAAAAAGCGAAAACGUAAAUGUGGACGUGAACGAAAAUGAAAUGAUUGAAGAACUAAAUCCGGAAGAAAAAUCUAAUUUAAUAAAGGAAAUUCUCGAAUUACAAGAAGGAUUAAAAGCUUUAAUUCAAAGGACUGAAUCAGUUAAAAACGAUCAUGAUCAAAUGCAAUCAGGAAAUCAAAUUUUACAAACGUAUAUAAAUAAUUUAAUGUCUUCUGAUGUGUUGUCUUCUGCAAAUGGCAGCAAAAAAGAAGGAUAAAUACUUUUUAAUGGUUUAGAGAGUAUGAAAGAGAGAGAAAGAAAUUAUAAUUUAUUUAUUUUUUAAUUAUUUAUUUUAAUUUAUAUUUUUUAAUUUAUUAAUAAUAAUCAUCUGUUUUAGCAUAAUAUUAUAUAUAUAUAUAUAUAUUUCAUAAUAUUAGAUUUGAUGG